AUGAACGCCAUUACCGAAGUCACUCAGCUAGGAAUAAUCUCCCGAUCUGCGCCAUACACACACGAGUCUCUAUCUUUCCCACCAUCACCUCACGAGUCCGACUUUGGCAAGAUGUCACCCGACUGUACCCACCACCAGCCUCAUCGUGACUCUGGCUAUGAGACACUCGGGUCCCCUCAAUUCGGAGGUAACGGAAGUUACAAUGAAUCAGUGUAUAGCAACACCACACCUGUCAAAGGUUCCAAUGCCGUAACCGAACAUGCCGCGCCGGCACCCCCAGAGGUGGCGGUAUCAGCUGGUUCCAACGAUGGCGCAAAGGACGCCGAAGAAGUAGGAAAGAAACCAAACAACCUACUUCGCAGAAUCAGGGGCGGUUUAUGGGGUGCUAGCUCAUUACGCGCAAAGCAAUCCAUUGCUCGAGCUGCAGCGCAAUUCGUCAACAAAGAUGGCGAAGAAACCUCUGAGGCGGCUGAGACCCAAAAGUCGGAGAAAACAGUUGUAGAUAUUAAAGAAUGCGAGACGGAAUUGGAAAAAAAUGAGAACAGCGAGUGGGAGGAAAAGCCGACUGUCGAGCUACCCUUGUCGAACCCUGUGGACGCCUCCGAAACAACCAGCUCCAUUGAUGCGGUGGUCCGGGCUACAACAUCAAUGGCUAGUCCGUUGUGGAAGAAUGGUGGGCCCGGUGAUCAUCGCAUAAACACCACCAUUCUGCUUCGUGCGAAAAGAAUCUCCUCAGGCCCAAGAAGCGAAUUAUCGGCGCUCUUCCAUGAACCAUUAGAGCCGCUUUCUGGUGUCGAUCCGGGACUUGUUCACGAAAGGAAUGAUGAACUCAGUACCUACGGGUACACUAUCGGUUCACGCAACUCCAAUAACUGGCACCCUGGCACAUUCACAGACUCUCUCCAUUCCUACAUCGGCAGUUCAGAUGAGGAGGAUUACCUUUCAGAAGGCGAGAGUUGGAAUGGAACACCUCGUGGGCGCUUGCGUUCAAACGACAAGGGGUGUACUGCGAGUGACGUCCAUAUCAGAAGCCGUUCGCGCUCACAAAGUGACGAAACAGUGAAAUAUAAGCCUGACCCACCAAAGACUGCUGUUCCAGAAUGUCCAGUAUUCCGCUUCCCACCUCCCAUGUCGCAACCUUCGAAAACAUCGAUUUCUCCAAACGGUUCCCAGGAUCCUUACGAAGAGAAGGACGACAUGACCUAUACCUUGAGCCUCCCGUCUUCAAUGAAAAGCUCGGUAUACAGCUACGGCCCCACCACUCCACCGAGCACGCCAAUUCUUCGUACUCCACCACCGGAGGGGGUAGACUACGUUCUAGUUGAGAUCGAACCUUUCCUGGUGCCGAAUAUCACUGUCCAUCCAGGAGAAUCCAUGCUUGAUAUGUGUAUGGAAAUGAACCAGCUCGCCCAAGAUGCUCCGGAGAUCUUCACCACGCCUCCCCGACAUCAAGCAGGUAGAGGAAGCUCGGACUCCGGGAGGUUUCCCUUCGACUCUAAGAAGAAUCUCAUCGGCAAGACACUUGGCAGGGCUUUCGGAAAGCUGUUCAGACGCAACACGGUACAACCGACUCGAUCAGCAGGCAGGCUCAGAAAAAGGCCAGCGUCUCUCAAAUAA